AUGGCUAGUAAUUAUAAUACAAAAAAUACAAAAAUAACUUCUUCUGAUGGACAACAACAAAGAAAAGCAGAACUUGAAAGACGUCGUUCAAUUCGAACAAUUAUUGCUAGUUAUGAGGCUGAAGAAGAAGCAUUUUUAAAAGAAUUGGAGAAAAUGCAAGCAGAAUGUGAAGAAGAAAAUUUAAAUAAAUUAAAUAAUAACCAAACUUUAAAUUCCUCUAAUGAAAAACAAAAAUUAAUAGAAAAUGAGGAACAACAACCAGCAGUAAUGCUCGGUUUUGUUUUUGAAAUUAUUUAA